UGAACGACAGACCACUCUACUCAUUUGCUGAGCUUGAGGAUGAGUCCCUUUUUUGAAGCAGUUCAACUAUCUGGAAUCCAGAAGCAGAAUCCUGGAAGCAAACACUAUCUCUAUCUGGAAUCCCCAGUCUUCGACAACGACAACAAGUAUCAAGAUUUCAACGAAACUUUGGAAACAGGAAGAUUAGACUCGACACCUUGCUUUGAGCAGACGUUGUUGAUUUGGUUUCCAUUGAUAAUUUUCUGGUUAUUCAGUCCUCUGGAAAUUUAUUAUAUAAGAAAUUCAACCUUAGAAUGUAUUCCUUGGAAUCUUGUCAAUUCAUCCAGAGUUAUUGUCACAGCUUUAUUGAUAACCUCCAGUUUAAUUGAAUUGGUGCAUUACGAAAAUGAAGGAAUAUAUAAAAGAAUUGCACUGGUGUAUUGUGCUACACCUUUUCUGAAAUUGAUUUCUUUUAGUUUCUCGUUGGUGUUGGUGCUAUGGAACCGUAGAAAGGGACUUCCUCGAUCUGGUUUACAUUUUUGGCUGUGGACGUUUCUGGCCAGUUGCGGUGUCAUUCAACUUUGUAGAGAAGUAAUGAGCUUGGAGAAAGACCAUCAAUCAGAAAUAUUCCAGCCAGUUUCCUACCUCGCCUAUUAUUUAUUGAUCCUAUUGAAUUUCAUCUUGACGUUCUUCAAGGAUAGCUUACCCAAAGGAAAGAAGUACAAUGAUAGUAUUGGGGAAAUGUGUCCUGAUGCUAUUGCUGCCUAUCCUACGGUACUUGUAGCAUCUUGGAUCAGGCCCAUUCUUAGAAAGGCCAAUAGAGGAAAGAUUUAUGAAGAAGAUCUUUUCGAAUUGAAAGAUGAACUAGCAACUGAAAACAUAAUUGGUGAAUUUGAGAAACAUUAUUCUGAUGUGCAAGAAGAGAAACACAGACAAGAUGGUUCCCAAUGGAAGAUAACUCGAUCAAAACUCUUUUUGGUAUUUGCCAAAUGUUUUAUUCGAACUUUUUUGUUUGGCCUUCUACUGGCGACUUUGUAUCUGAUCGCUUAUUUCAUGAAUCCUCAAGUUCUCAGACUGAUAUUGGUCUAUUCCGAUCAUGAAAGAAGAAUUUGGGAGAAUGUGGCUUAUCCAGCUAUUGCGUGCUGUUUAGCAUUGAGCCUGACGAUUUUGCAGAGUCAAUACCUGAUGAGGCUUGGAAUGAUUUCACUGAAAACAAGGGUCAUCUUCAUUUCUGAGAUUUUCAAAAAGGCAUUGAAGUUGUCAGUUGAAUCUAGGAAGAAUGAAUCAACUGGUGAAAUAGUGAAUCUGAUGAAUGUCGAUGUGCACCGAAUAACCGAAACAAUCAAAUAUGUGAACCGAAUCUGGGCAACUCCACUCAGGAUAUUUCUCGCCAUGUAUUCACUCUACUUUGAAAUUGGAUAUUCUGUGAUUGCUGCGUUUGUACUCCUGCUCACAUUCAUUGUGAUACAAAUUAUAAUGGGAUUCUAUACAAAAUACUAUACUUCCAAGUGUAUGCAUAUGAAAGACAAUAGAAUGAAAAUUUUAUCAGAAGCCCUCUCACACAUGAGAGUAUUGAAAUUCUAUGUUUGGGAGCCUAGUUUUCUGAAAAUGAUCAACGAACUGAGAAGUCGUGAAAUAUACUAUCUCAGAAAACUAUACUAUAUACAUAUAACAUCCGUAUUCCUAUCAACCUGCACACCGUUUUUGAUGACUUUGGUAUCUUUCUCAUAUUAUGUUCUUGAAGAAGGCAACAUUUUGACGGCUGAAGUUGCGUUUGUGUCGUUGGUUCUGUUUGAAAUGCUGCAAUUGCCCUUGUCUAGACUCCCAAAUGUGAUUUUGGGUACAAUACAGCUUGCAGUAUCAUACAAUAGGAUAGCCCGAUUUUUAAAUGCUGAAGAGUUGGAAGUAAAAAUGGAUGUGCGUCAUGAUGGGAAAGAUGAUAUUGGAACAGCAUCAAUUAUCAAUGGCUACUUUGCUUGGGGAGACUCAAUUGUUUUGAAGCAAAUAUCGCUCAAUCUGCCCAAGGGCUGUUCGAAAGCUAUUUUCGGACCAACUGGUGGAGGAAAAUCUUCCAUUUUGGCUGCAUUGGCUGGAGAAAUUCUCAAAAUGAGUGGAUUUGUUUCAACAAAGGGUAAAAUUGCUACAGUGUCACAAGUGCCGUGGAUCCAAAAUGAGUCUGUGCGAGAUGUCAUAUUAUUUGGUAAAGCUUUCGAUAACAAGCUCUAUGACAAAACCAUCAGGGCCUGUUAUCUACAUGAUGAUCUCGAAUCUUUCACUAGGGGGGAUCUUACACUUAUCGGCUCCAAGGGAUUGAAUCUGAGUUUAGGUCAGAAACAGCAGAUCUGUUUGGCAAGGGCAGUUUACAGUGAAGCUGAUGUCUACCUACUCGAUGACCCUGUUUCAGCUCUAGAUGAGCGUUUGGCAAAACGAGUUUUCAGAAGAGUGAUAAGCGACCAAGGAAUUCUAGCUGGAAAGACAAGACUGGUUGUGACUACAAAUCUGGAUUAUUUGCAUUACUUUGACUCAGUUAUAUUGAUUGAGAAUGGAAAAAUUGUUGCAGAAGCUGAGUACAAACAAUUAUUGAAAACUGGGAAACUUCUAUCUCUUUUGAGGAAUUGGAGUGAUUUGAAACUAAUGAGAGAUCAAAAACAAUUCUGGGCAGUGAGAAUAAGUGAUGACGCGAAAAGAAAAAGUUCGACACUUCUGAAUGGUAAAGACUCUGCUAAAAACUACAACGCCGAUACAAUGGUGGUUGGCAGCUCACCUUUCUACAGACCCAGUUUGUAUGCAGAACAAUUCACUGGCACGUCGACUUCAAUAUUAUCAGGCUCUGAAGAGAAUGAAUCAAUUUCUGCUGGAAAGUUGAGGUGCUCAGUUUUCUGGAAAUACUUGCAUAUAAUGGGACGCUCAAACGUUAUCAACAGUGUUGUAUUUGGGAUUCUAGUGGAAGUGUUCUACUUUCUGGGCACUUUUUGGUUGGCCAGUUGGACCCAGCAACACGACAACCCAAACAUCAAGCAGGAGAGCAUCUUCUAUGUCUCUGUGUACGCUUCAUUUGGAAUAGGUUUUCUUGUAAGUAUGGCAAUAUUCUCGUACUCAAUCUACAUGGGCGCGUUGAAAGCCAGUAUAUCCUUCCAUAAUGAGCUUUUGAACUCAGUUUUCCGUUUUCCAAUGUCGUUUUUCGAUCAAACUCCACUGGGCCGUUUAUUGAAUAGAUUCGGUGGCGACGUGUAUACGAUGGACUCACAAUUGCCUUUGAAUAUGCAAUACUAUAUUUCCACAUCAUUUAGAAUCAUGGGUGUGCUGGUUAUCACUCUACAGUAUUAUCCAAUAGUUUUUCCAGUAUUCGUUACUGUCAUUCUCAGCUAUUUACUCCUCCAGAAUUAUUUCCUGAAUACGUCAAGACAAUUAGCACUUUUAGAGACUAAGUCAAGAACUCCUAUUUUUUCACAUUUCGAAGAAGCGCUUUCGGGUGUAACAGUGAUCAGAGCAUACAAAGCUGAAGAGAAAUUUAUUGGUGUUAACAGAUCGAAUAUCCAAAAGAAUCUAUCAAUAGCUUACCACACGGUCAUUGCUAACAGAUGGUUGGAUCUGAGAAUGGAGACUAUAGGCCACAUAUUUCUCUUCUUCGUUAUUGGAUGUGUGCUAUUCACACCAUAUUUCAACGCAUCAAUGAUUGGCUUAGCCAUUUCAUAUGUAAUUCAGAUGACAAGUAACUUGAAUAUUCUUGUCCAGCAUGCAUCAUCAAUCAAUUCUGAUUGUGUAUCUGCUGAGAGAAUCAACGAAUAUAUUGAGAGAACAAAGGAGCCAACUUGGGACUCAGCGCCCAUAGAUGUACCACAGGAUUGGCCCAAAUAUGGGGCUAUCAAAUUCGAUAAAUUUCUUGUGCAAUAUCAAAAUAGCCGUCAUAUUGCGCUCAAUGAGAUUUCAUUCACUGUUUUGCCCAAUGAGAAAAUAAGCAUAGUUGGCCGCACAGGGUCUGGGAAGACUACACUUAUGCAUUCAUUAUUCAGAAUAAUUGAGGGAAAAGGCGGCUCAAUACUUAUAGAUGGUGUGGAUAUAUCCCAAGUUGGUCUCGGACGACUAAGAAGCAGUUUGAACAUUAUACCUCAGGAUCCAGUCCUUUUUUCGGGAACGUUACGCAUGAAUCUCGAUCCUGGCAACGAAUUUUCCGACAGUGAAUUGUGGCAAGUGUUACACGAAUCCCAUCUCGGCCAUUUGGCCACCGAGUUGAGUGACGGCCUGAAUCAUGUUGUAGAAGGCACCAGUAGUUUCAGUGUAGGUGAACGGCAAAUGAUAUGUAUUGCCAGAGCACUUCUGAAGAAGAGUAAUAUUCUGAUUAUUGAUGAGGCCACUUCCCAAAUCGACUGGUGGAUUGAGAGCUUGAUGAAGAAAGCCAUCAAUGAGCACUUCAGCCAGUGCACCAUUUUAUCAGUCGACCAUCGUUUGAAAAAUGUUCUCGAUUCGGACAGAGUACUGGUUCUAUCGAAAGGAAAAGUUGUAGAGUUGGAUACUCCACAGAAGCUACUCGAAAAUCAUGAUGGCGUCUUUUACUCUCUAGCAGUUGAGGCCGGCCUAAUACGUCCGGAGCAGGAAUUAGAUAAUCUUAAUCUUAUCAAUGAUAAGACUGAGUUGAAGAAAACACCAAGUUCGGAACAAGUUAAUUCGAUCGUAUCAGGUGAAUCUAGUCUAGUGAAUGGACACUUGGAUGAGUUGGAAGAAAAUGUGAUCGAAAUGACAAAUCUAGCUUCCAAUUACAGAAUAACUCCAUCAACUUCAGAAAGUUCAUCAACCAAUGCAGAAGAACCGGAACCGAAUGAUCAAGAGGUCCACCUCAGUUCUCAGAAUAUCAAAACUCAAGUCGCUAGAGAAGUCAUUUCAGAAAUAAUAGAUAAUGCAACUUCAUUGAGACUGUUUGAGGAAGAAAAUGCUCUCAUUCACAAUGACGUAGAAACUUCAUCUUCCACAGUACAAGAUAUUCCAGAGAUAGAAAUUGAUGAUACAAGUGAACCAAAAUUGAAUGAACAGAAACUUCCCUGAUUUUCAAGAAUAAAAUGAGUCUAAUCGUAACAGAAGUCUAACCCAGGAAUUGAUAUGUGAGAAAAUAUAGCAUAAGUGCUUUUUUAUAAGAGUAUAUUCUUGGUUAUAAGACUAUAUUCUUGGUUAUAAGAGUAUAUUAUUGGUUAUAAGAGUAUAAUCUUUUAAAUAAAUAAAAAUUUAAAUCUCAGUAACUUACCCUUUUAAAUCACUACAUGUUUCGGACAUUAAAGCCAUUCACUCUUAUAAACAAAAUUAUACUCUUGUCUUUUUUCAUUAGGGCUACUUUUAAUAUGAAUAAAAUAUAAAUCUUAGUACCCUUUUAAAUUAUUCUAUCACAACAUGGUUCGGACAUUGAAGCCAUUUUCAAGACUUAAUGUCCGAAACAUGUUUCAACAUGUCACAACAUGUUGUGAUAAAAUAAUUUAAAAGGGUACUGAGAUUUAUAUUUUCAUGUUAUUUAUAUUAAAAGUAGCCCUAAGGAAAACAGACAAUAUAACCUUGUUUAUAAGAGUAUAUACCAUGGUAUAGGUCGUUUAUGUUCCAAAUUUCAAGCCGAUUUUUGUCAACUCAAGCCAAUUACUGUCGACUAAUGUCUAUUAUCACUGCUGGCUGGGUAAGAGUGUAAGAAUGGAACAGUAUGAGAGACUACCAGUGUCACACAAUCUUUGCGAAGAACUACUAUAUAGGACUAUCGGCUUGAGUUAACAGUGAAAGUUGGAACUAUAUCAUGGUAUAUCGCUAUCUUUUCUCUAUGAUACAACUGUUUCAAGUGUUAACCUGGAUUGCAUAAUGAAGAAAAUGAGAAGGAUUUAUCAGUAGGCCUGUCUGAUGAAAUAGAGAAUGAUCUUAUUAGCUCUCUUGGCUCUACUGCUGAAAUCAACCCCAAUUUCAAGUAGAGGAUGGGCAGAAAAAAUAUGAUACAGUAAUGCAAAAUUGUUUUGUACUUCGUAAAACUCAAUAAAACCCACUUCCUUAUA